GAUGGAAGUUCUUGAUGAGGCUGAGUGGUGGGAUAAGAUGAAUCAAAUGAAAACAGGACAGGAGCAAGAGAUUAUCUUUAAACGAAAUUUCAGCCGUUCCGACCAACAAGUUCUUUUUGAUAUGGCCUACGAAUUAGGUCUUUACUUCCAUGCAUAUAAUAAAGGGAAGGCUCUUGUGGUUAGUAAAGUUCCAUUGCCAAAUUAUCGUGCAGAUCUUGAUGAACGUCAUGGAUCAACACAGAAACAGAUCCAAAUGUCUACAGAAACUGAGAGGCGAGUUGGAAAUCUUUUGGAUAUCUCAAAGGACACAAGGUUGGGUGAUGAUUAUGGAGUCGCAUCUAGUAGGGGAGCCAUAAAGCCUUUGCCUGAUGCAAAAGGAACUGAUUUAGUUGCUACAAAUGAAACUGAUUUGCGAAGGAAACUCAGUGCUGAACUCAAGAAAAAACAGGAAAACUUGAAUGUAAGUAACAGUGCGAAGGUGAUGCGGUCUUUCAAAGAAAAACUACCUGCAUUCAAAGUUAAAGCUGAGUUUCUAAAAGCUGUUGCUGAAAAUCAGGUUUUAGUGGUUUCAGGAGAAACAGGCUGUGGUAACACACAGCUUCCUCAGUUUAUUUUAGAAGAGGAGAUAUCAUCUCUGAGGGGUGCUGAUUGUACAUUAUGUACUCAGCCACGUCGUAUAUCUGCCAUAUCUGUUGCAGCUAGAAUAUCCUCAGAAAGGGGAGAGAGUCUUGGUGAAACAGUUGGUUAUCAGAUUCGCCUAGAGUCAAAGCGGUCGGCUCAAACACGGCUCUUGUUUUGCACUACUGGAGUGUUACUUCGACAGUUGGUUCAGGACCCAGAUUUAAAUGGCGUGAGUCAUUUGUUAGUGGAUGAAAUCAUGAAAGAGUUCUCUAUGAAGAAAGAUAAUUUAAGUGCACUAUUUGAGGAUGUGGACAUUGAUUCUGAAUAUAAGAGUUACAGUGCAACUACAAGACAUUCACUUGAAGCAUGGUCUGGUUCACAGAUUGAUUUGGGACUGGUGGAGGCCACAAUUGAACAUAUUUGCCGCUUUGAAGCUGAUGGAGCUAUUCUUGUAUUCCUCACGGGCUGGGAUGACAUUUCUAAGCUCCUUGACAAGAUUAAAGUGAACAACUUUCUUGGGGACCUUAGCAAGUUUUUGGUUCUUCCACUACAUGGUUCUAUGCCUACCAUUAAUCAACGAGAGAUAUUUGACCGUCCUCCGCCUAUUAAGCGAAAAAUUGUUUUGGCGACAAAUAUUGCUGAAAGUAGCAUUACCAUAGAUGAUGUUGUGUAUGUUAUAGACUGUGGAAAGGCAAAGGAUACAAGUUAUGACGCUCUUAACAAGCUGGCUUGUCUUUUACCAUCAUGGAUUUCAAAGGCUUCAGCACGUCAGAGACGAGGCCGUGCUGGCCGUGUGCAACCUGGAGUUUGCUAUAGGCUGUACCCAAAAUUAAUUCACGAUGCAAUGCUUGAGUAUCAAUUACCUGAAAUUCUCCGAACACCAUUGCAAGAGUUAUGCCUUCAUAUCAAAAGCUUGCAGCUUGGAACUGUGGGAUCAUUUCUGGAAAAGGCACUUCAGCCGCCAGAUCAUCUUUCUGUUGAAAAUGCAAUUGAGCUUCUUAAAACAAUUGGAGCUUUGGAUGAUACAGAGGAGCUUACACCUCUUGGUCGCCAUCUUUGCACUCUACCUUUGGACCCAAACAUAGGAAAAAUGCUUCUGAUGGGAGCCAUUUUUCAAUGCCUGAAUCCUGCCUUGACAAUUGCAGCUGCUCUUGCUCAUCGUGACCCAUUUGUCCUUCCUAUAAAUAGGAAAGAGGAAGCUGACGCAGCCAAAAGAUCCUUCGCUGAUGAUUCUUGCAGUGACCAUAUAGCAGUUCUUAAAGCCUUUGAAGGAUAUAGAGAUGCAAAACGUAAUGGAAGAGAGAGAGCAUUUUGUUGGGAAAACUUUUUAUCCCCCGUAACCUUGCAGAUGAUGGAGGAUAUGAGAAAUCAGUUUAUUGACCUGUUAUCAGACAUAGGAUUUGUAGACAAAUCACGGGGUGCUAGUGCUUACAACCAAUACAGCCAUGAUUUGGAGAUGGUAUGUGCAAUCCUUUGUGCUGGGCUUUACCCAAAUGUUGUGCAAUGCAAAAGAAGAGGAAAGCGUACAGCAUUCUACACUAAAGAAGUCGGGAAAGUCGACAUUCAUCCUGCAUCCGUUAACGCAGGGGUUCAUCUCUUCCCAUUGCCCUACAUGGUUUACAGUGAGAAGGUCAAAACAACCAGCAUAUUUGUCCGAGACUCGACCAACAUCUCUGAUUAUGCUUUGCUUCUAUUCGGCGGUAAUCUUAUUCCUAGCAAAACAGCAGAGCAUAUUGAGAUGCUUGGAGGGUACCUUCAUUUUUCUGCUUCAAAGAGUGUAUUAGACUUGAUACGGAAACUGCGAGGAGAACUUGACAAGCUUUUGAACAGAAAGAUUGAGGAACCUGGGUUUGAUAUUUCCGUUGGAGGAAAGGGAGUGGUGUCUGCUGUGGUUGAGUUAUUGCACAGUCAAAAUGUAUGGUACUGAAUUUGUACUCUUUUUGACACUUUAUAUUAGGACGGACUGCUAUAUAUUUAUUAUGCCAUGAUAUAAGCAAAAAUGCAACUUUUUAGGGAAUAGACUAUGCGUUCUUUUAUAGACUUAAGGCAGCUCAGCCGAUGAUACCUUAGGCACAGCCAAUUAUUUCAUUAAUGUAAAAAAACAUUACCGUCUUUACUGC